AUGCAGAAAGAGUCGAUUGAGGCGAUUCACGUCUCUCCCACAUUUCCCUGUGAGGGAUCGAAGAUUACUAUUAAUACUGAAGCAUUCAACCAUCCAGAAGAUCUUGAUUCAAUCCUCACAAAGCUGAUAUCGAACUCAGAGUUCUCGAUUGUUCCGGUAGUCGCAAAGAAUUCCGCAUGGCAAGCGGAGAAAGAAGAGGUCGAGGAGAUAAGUGAUGCAGAGUCGAACAAGAUCGAGUAUGAGAAGUCGAUCGACUCAUUGUAUGCAGACUUUCUCCAUAAGUCGCCUUCUGUCCAAACCCCAGAAAAGGCCUCAGUCUACCCGGAACGAAAUAUUUUGUCCGAAACUCCAAAACUCACUCGGCCCUUGGUGAAGCUUACUAUAACAAGCCCAGUCUACUGUGAUACUGAUCCAAUCAGUCAUUUCGAAAUGGGAACUAUGACUGCCGAGUCACAACCAAAAUAUCAGAAGGACACUUUCGAACACCCUCAAAAUAGAAAGAUUUUCAUCGGAGGAUUGCGCCAAGAGCACACAAAAGAGAUGCUCUCAAAACAUUUCUCUAAAUACGGAAAAAUAGUCGAUGCAAUCGUCAUGUAUGAAUUGAAAAGCGGACAUUCACGUGGAUUUGGAUUCGUCGUUUUUGAUAAAGUAUCAAGUAUGGAAGCUGCUUUGAGUGUCAAGCUACAUUUUGUUGAAGGAUUUAAGGUUGAUGCGAAGAAAGCUGUACCAGCCGGUGAAUUGCCGCUCCCAACAAAGAAUUCAUUGAGAAAUGGGCCGGGCUACAAACUACAACUCGCCAGAGUCAAAGAUGACAUCCACACUGUCGACGAUCUUCGAACUUACUUUGGAGUAUACGGAACUUUGGAUCAGAUUGAGAUUCUACCUGAUGGCACUGGCUCAAUCAUUUACGCGGAUAAGGAGGCUGCUGAAAUUUGUGCCGCCCACAACUCGGGACGUCAUAUUCUGAAUGAUUACAUGAUCGAGGUGACAAAACCAACCAUGGACAUGAACUACAUUGAUCUGUAUGAAAAUCUUUAUCGCCAUCGUCGUGGACUCGAUCACCGUCGUUAUUAA